AUGGCGCAGACCCAACCACAGCAGUUUUCUCAGUCUUUCUCCCCGCCUGGGUCCUCACCCUCGCCGGGGGCCCCUUCGCCAGUGAAUGGAGGUGGCGUUCCUCCACCUCCCAAACGACGCCUCUCUCCUCUUCCACAAUCACCCUACGCCUCGCCGAGUUUUGGCACUCUACAACUUCCGCAAAGCCAACCAGCUACUCCAGUCAAUGGAAUGAAUGUGAACGGAAUGGUGCAGACGCCUGCAUCUCAACCCCCACCUCCUGGAACGAUGGGCCCUCCUUCUCGACCCGUUGAAAAGGCGACGGAUGCUGCAGAACUUACCGAUGUUUUGGCCUCAUCUGGUAUUGAUGUUAGGGAGGAAGAAGCAUUUCUCACCAGCAGCUAUUCCGGCCCUGGAGUGCAGGCUCAGCAAGCACCUCGACCUCACCAGCAGCAACCACCACUACCUCCUCAGCAACAGCCACAGCCUCCUGUAAAUACUUCGUUCACCUCUCAAGCCUCCACAGCUGGAACGGUGUCAUCACAGCCCAGCUUCAGCGAACCCUCUCCGUUCAAACCACCAGCAACCCAGGAAUCCUUUAGCACCAAACCAUCAUCGCAGCCACCUCCUCCUUUCAAAGAUUCAAAUGAACCAAGCCGGGAAGAUAGCGAAGCAGCCCGCCGUGCACAAUAUCACUUACAGGAGCCAUUCCUGUUUACAAAGGUACUGGAGCAAAAACUACAGAGGCGUGGGUUUGAGCUGGGUGUCCGCAUACCCGCGGAAGGCUUGUUCCAUCCAGUUCCUGGUCGUCCGCAACCGAUCGAAGUCACAGGGCCUGAUGGUUCAUCUAUUGUGCGCACUGGCCAGACAAUCCUUAAUCAGGAGGGGGCCCCAUUAGUGGAUAUACUGAAUCUGAUGUCGAUCUCUUGUGAGGAAAGAUUGAGGGCCGUGAUUGACUACUCUUCGUCGCUUGCAAGAAGCCGUCGCGAACACUCGCAUGGAAAUGUCCCUGUAGAAUGGAAUGACUUGGCCUCCAACGUUACUAACGGGAGUAAAGGAAGUCCAGAGACUCCUCUCAAAAGACCCCACUCAUCAACCGAACAGCAGACCGCAAGGUCUCUUCCGGAAAAGUGCCGCAUACUUAUGGACAAGGACAACUCUGGCGAAGAAAGCCGUGCUGCGAAGCGUGCCAAGCGUAGUGCCAGCGCUAUUUUGGGAGAGGGCGGUGCCGGCAGGUCAGAGUUAGUCGAUAUUCCUGGUUCCAGUCCCUCUACGCCGACAGCCAGCGAGAGAGCUCCAAAUAUUGAUAGGAGAGGGCUCUCCAAAAAGGAAGCCAAGAAGCUCAUAGACGCCAAAGCAAGCGAGGCCCAACAACACCAGCAGUCCGUGGAAACAGCGCGGCUUGCCACAAACAGCAUGAUAACUGGACGCAUGUUUGGAACGAAAAAGUCAUAUUCAUGGCUGAAACGAGAACCGCCUACGGGCAGUGGCUUUUCCACUCCAUCUCGUGUCAAUACAGCCACUCCCAGUGCUAGCUCUGACAAGGUUGGGCGCCCAGGGGAACCCGCAGCUAUUCCCACCAAACGACUAGGGACGUGGCGGGAGGACAGGGAAAUAGGGGCAGGAGUCCAGGUUCGGGACAUAUUAUUUAUGCUGGAGCUUGACGGAAGAGGCACCCGACAUGUGCAAAAAGCCUAUUCCAAAGAUAUUAAGGAGGACCGAGCCGACUAA